AUGUACGAGGAUUUCGAUGAGUUGGAUCAGUUGAGAAUCGAAGAGUUUGUGGCCACCGUACAGCGUGAGUUUUACCCGGAAAAAACAGAAACGAAGACAAACAUACAAAUUGCAGAGUACGAGAACCACAAAAGGCGAUUCACCGCGUCGGCGGCGACGGAGGCGCACUGCGAAAGCUGCGCGUUCGUGCUGAAAAAGCUGGCGGCUCUCCAAGCGAAAAUGGCGGAAUACGCGAGAAUGCGCGCGACGGACGACGAUCGCAUCGACUGGAACACGCUCAUUCUAGAGGUGCUGGCCGCGGAAGAGCCGCAGGAGAACGAGGGAGACUUUGUGGUCGCACGAAGGAAAAAUGCGAACAACAAUAGUAUUGCUGAAGUGGCGGCGAAGGAGGACUUGUACACUCUUCCGAGCCCGCCGAAACGGAAGAGAAUCGAGGAGGAACGAGAAGGUACUCAUUUACGUUUACUUUUUACUCUUUGUAGUCUGGUCUCAAGCGCGCUCGCGACAUUUUGGAGCGAAUUUCGUGUUUAUCGCAAAAGCAGCUACGAAAUUGUGCUUGAGACGAUUUUUUGAAGCGCAACAGCGUGAAAUGUUAUCCGUUUGAGGUUUCUCGGCUAAAAAAUGCCUAUAUUUACGUGAUUGAUCCAACGUGACAUACAACAUAUUUUUAAAAUAAACUUCGAAGUGGGACAUUCACUUUCCCAAAGUCCCGAAUUACGAAAAAAAUUCCCCGAUUUUCAAGAUUUUUUUUUCAAAAAAGUUAAUGGUACCGGCGAGAAGUACACGGCGAAAUGGAAGAGCUGGCCUAGAUUUUUCUAGUCCCCGGAUGGAAUUCCCCUUUCUUCCGAUUUUUUUUUCCGUUUUUGUGCAAUUUUCUUUAAUUCUCAAUCGUUUUUUCACUGAAAACGCUUAUUUGCAAUAUUAAAAAAAUUUAUGAUUUUUUUUCUGUGCCGUGACGCCAAACAAAUAGAUAAUUUGAAACUUUCAAAAAAAUCAGGAAAAAAAGUUUCAGAUUAUCGAUUUGUUUGGCGUCACGGCACAGAAAAAAAUUUUCAAAAAUAUUGCACGGAACCCCAGCAUUCCAAUGCGCAAGCAAGUUGUCAAUGGGGCGCGCUUGCAUCCACCGUCGGCUCGGAGUUUCUUUUUUCAAUUGAAAACCAGAAUUUUUUCGUUUUUCUCUUAAUAAACACUCAAAUUUUGUUCUUUACGAACCGUGGGGCGAUUGUCUGAGUUAAAAGCAUCGAUUUAAGCGCGAAACGGAGCAGAUUCGUUCAGAAUUGACCAAAUUGAGGGAUUUUGUCGAAAACUACUGAAAAAACGGAGUUUUAACGAUCAUUUGCCGAAUCGAGUUCGGACACUGGCAUUCGAACCGUCCAGUCAACAAAGAGUUUAUUGCGCAUCUUUUAAGCGCUCAACCGUCGAAAAAUAUACAGAAUUGAGAUAAUUGAGGCAAAUUUUCGAUUCCAAAAGGAAAAAUUCUGUAAUUUUCACAUAAAACGUUUCGAAAUUGAUGACGAAGCAGUUAAAAUUUUAUUUUUUAUUCAUUUCUAAUCAUUAUCAUAAGUUUUGACACUGAUUGGUUCUGAAAAGAUGGGAAUAAUGCAAAAAAAGGGAAAAUUGAAAUGAGAAAUUCUACAACGACGCUCCGAAAUUACGCGUUACGCGCCUUGUUUAGCGCACCUGAAUUGCGCCAAGGGAAUUUUUUAUUGGAAGGCUGGGGUUCCGUGUAUUGCAAAUAAGUGUGUUCAGUGAAAAAACGAUUGAAAAUUUCGCCGUGCACUUCUCGCCGGUACCAUUAAUUUUUUUGAAAAAAAUCCUAAAAAUCGGGGAAUUUUUUUUCGUAAUUCGGGACUUUGGGAAAGUGAAUGCCCCGACUUCGAAGUUUAUUUAAAAAAAUGUUGUAUGUCACGUUGGACACCCCACCUUUAAAAUCAAUUUUGUGUGAAAACGGUCAAUAAUGCGCAAAAUGCGAAAAGUGCGAAAUGCGCGAAAAAUGCACCAAAACGUCAGAAAUUUCGGGAAUCGUUUUCAUUGCUUUUGACCAAAGUGUUGAAAUCGAAAUGAAAAGUGAUUGUGGCGGACGCCACGGAGACAAUUUUUUCUCGCUAUUCGAAACAAAGUGUUAGUUGAAACGGUAAACAUUUUUUUCCAGAAACCCUCUCCGAAACCUCGUCAAAAGGCCGAAAACGCGCGAAUCCUCAGCGCAAAAUUGUGAAUGCGGAGGGAACGAGCCGUGACCUGGAAUCGGUAAUGCACGAUUUUAUGGAACGGAGGAGGAACGAGUAUUCGGACGACGCGGAAAUGGAGCACGACGAUGAAGAGGACAAUUGGAACAAUCCGCCCACGUGGCGCCCCGAUUAUGAAGAAGACGAAGCAAGAGAGCGAGAACAAAAAGAAGAAGAGGACAAUUGGAACGAUCCGCCCACGUGGCGCCCCGAUUAUGAAGAAGAAGAAGCAAAUGAGCGAGAACAAAAAGAAGAAGAGGAUAAUUGGAACGAUCCGCCCACGUGGCGCCCCGAUUAUGAAGAAGAAGAAGAAGAAGCGAGGGACGACGACGGAGCAUCGGAGAGCUCCGGAGAGCAUCCGCUCGUCAUUGCCGAGUUCGACGAAGAGGAGCAACAGCGCACUGUUUAG